UGCCUCUUUCUUCUCGACGACCAACCACUCACUACCCUCCAUAUCGACAUCAUCAUGGCAUCCUUCACUCUGCCAACCCUACCCGACACACCCGGCGUCUGGGGUCCCCCCUCCCUCACCCCCGGCUCUUCCUCUGCAGCCUCUUCCUCCUCUGUACUCCCUCCCGAGUUCGCAGACAUUCCCUUCGCCCCUUUUUCCAAGUCGGACAAGAUCGGCCGCAUCGCAGACUGGAACGCUGCAAGCUCCGGCACUGGAAGAGAUGGUGAUGCUGGCAUGGGAGGUGGCCAGAGAGGCGGAAGACAGGGACGACGAGAUGGACCUCAGGCGUACGGCUCUGGUGCCUCCAAUGCCUUUGCCUACUUCCACGGAGAUGACGAGGCCACCUUCUCCGUCGUCGACAACACAAAGACUCCCAGUCGAGGACGUGGAGGUCUCACAGCAAUGGGUCGAGGCGGCCGAGGUGGUGCUAGGGGAGGAGCCGCUGGCGGACGAGGCGGUCUGGCUAAUGGAAGGGCCGGCGCUCAGCGAGGAGGCCGAGGUGGCAUGCGGGGCGGCGCAGCACCUCGUGGUGGAGGUGGUGCCAGGCGCGGAGGAUACAGGGACUGGGACAAGCCACAGAGGACCCGUGAUCCAUCCGUCACUGUCGGUCCCGACUGGGAACAGCUCGAGGAGAUUGAGUUCACCCGACUGGCCAAGCUGCGUCUUGAGGUGGCAGAGGGCACAGAUCUGGCAUCCUACGGUACCCUUCACGAGUACGACCGAGCUUACGACCGCAUCGCAUCUGUGCGCUUCGAGAAGCCACUGCAGCCUCUUGACCGCCUGCGCUACAACCCUACUACCUCGGACGACCCAAUUUUGGCCGACAUUGCUGCCAAGCCUUCUGUCGCUUCUGGCGAGGCUGGAGAGGAGGCAGGUCCUGCUCCCACUCGUAUCUUUGUCACAGACUCCAUUCUGGCUCUCCUGAUGUGCGCCACUCGUGUCGUAUACCCUUGGGACGUACUGAUCACCAAGAGCGAAAAUGGCGACAUCUUCUUCGACAAGCGCGACGGAGGAGCAUUCGAUUACGUCACCGUCAAUGAGAAUGCUGCCGACCCACCCAUGGAGGCUGAGUCAAAGGAUGACAAGAAUGCUGCUGCUAACAUCAACACUCCUGGCAACCUCUCUUUGGAGGCGACGUACAUCAACCAGAACUUUGCGUUCCAGGUGGUCAACACAAAGAAGACACACGACCUGGCCGAUGGUGCCAACCCCUUCCACGACCCCUCUUCCGCUGGCGAUGCUGAUCAAUUGGCCUCAGCCGGAUACCGCUACAAGAAGUUCGACCUUUCCUCGUCCGCUCAGGAUCCCAUUGAGCUCUACGUUCGAACCGAGUUGGAUGCCUAUGUGCCCUCGACGACCAAGAAUGCUCCCCCUCAAUUCAUCACCAUUCGCACCCUCAACGAGUGGGAUUCGAGGGCUCAGGGAGCAGGUGGAGCUCCCGACUGGCGUACCAAGCUGGACAGUCAGCGAGGUGCGGUCGUUGCUACUGAGAUGAAGAACAAUGCGGGCAAGCUGGCGCGAUGGGCUGUGCAGUCUGUCCUUGCGGGUGCAGACAACAUGAAGCUGGGAUACAUUUCCAGGGCCACGCCAAAGGACACGUCCAAGCACUCCAUCCUGGCUACGCAGUGGUACAAGCCCUCGGACUUUGCCGCCCAGAUCAAUGUCAACCUCUCCAAUGGUUGGGGUAUUGUGAGGACCAUUGCUGACCUGGCUAGGAAGAGUGCAGGCGAGGGCGAGGGAAGUGAUGGAAGGGCCAAGUUUGUACUGGCAAAGGACCCGAACAAGGGAACGAUCAGGCUCUACAGGGUUCCCCUGAACUGGCCUGCCGAGGACGAUGAGGAGGAAGACGAGGAGCUGCUGGACGAAGAGGGUGGAGCCGAGGACGACGAGUAGACCAUAGAGUAGGCGAGCUGUCGCGUGUUUCUCCCUUCACGUGCUGCGAAUGUCAUCCCUCCUUCCUCUCCGAUACUGAUUGAUUGCCGAGCAAAUGACCAGAAUACAAGGGUGAUCCCCGAUCAAU